ACGUCACGUCUGUUGUAGGGAAAAAAAAUUACAAGAAAUCUGAGAGGGAGUGUGUCUCUAACGUUACUGGAACCAUUUGUCUUGCUCAACGGUCAGGAAUGUCAUCUGGUAGCGACAGCGGAGCUCGACUCACCCAGUUCAAAAACAAAGGGAAAGAUGCCAAUGAGCUAAGGCGAAGGAGAGCGGAAGUCAACGUGGAGCUCCGUAAAGCAAAGAAAGACGAUCAGAUUCUGAAGAGGAGAAAUGUCCACAGUCUUCUGGACGAGCCGACCUCUCCGCUGCAAGAGAAAGAUCCAAAUGCACAGCCCCCUCAUUACUGGUCUGUGGAGGAAAUUGUGAGGGGUGUAAGCAGUCAGUACCUGGACCAUCAGCUGCAGGCCACGCAGGCAGCCAGAAAGCUCCUCUCCAUUGAACAUCACCCACCUAUUGACAGCGUAAUUGCUGCUGGCCUCAUCCCAAGGUUUGUUCGUUUUCUGGCAUUGUCUGAAUGUCCCCCCAUCCAGUUUGAGGCAGCUUGGGCCCUGACCAACAUCGCCUCAGGUACAUCAGAGCAGACCACCGCUGUAGUGGAAGGAGAGGCUAUCCCAGCCUUCAUCAGCCUGGUGGCAUCACCGCACCUGCACAUAAGCGAGCAGGCCAUUUGGGCCCUGGGGAACAUUGCAGGUGAUGGAUCCAACUACAGAGAUCUAGUGAUCAAACAUGAUGGACUCCAGCCACUCCUUGCCCUGCUGGCAGCCCCUGACCUGUCUGUAUUUCCUUCUGGUUACCUGCGCAAUGUCACCUGGACGCUGUCCAACCUGUGUCGGAACAAGAACCCGGCCCCUCCUUUGACGGCAGUGCAACAGCUGCUUCCAGCCCUGGUGCGCCUCCUGCACCAUGACGACAGAGAGGUCCUAGUUGACACCUGCUGGGCUGUGUCCUAUCUGACCGAUGGGUCCAAUGAGAGGAUAGAGGUGGUGGUGCAGGCUGGCCUGGUGCCCCGGCUGGUACAGCUUCUCUCCUGUGGGGAGCUCUCCAUUGUGACUCCAGCCCUGCGGUCACUUGGCAACAUUGUGACUGGGACAGAUGAGCAGACUCAGUGUGUUCUGAAUGCAGGUGCCCUGGCGAUAUUCCCCAGCCUGCUGCGUCACCAAAAGCCCAACAUCCAGAAAGAAGCAGCCUGGACAUUGUCCAACAUCACCGCUGGCAAGGACACCCAGAUUCAGGAGGUUAUCAGUGCGGGACUGAUACCCAUCCUGGUGGAGGUCCUCCAACAGGGAGACUACAAAACCCAGAAGGAGGCAGUGUGGGCUGUCACCAAUUACACCAGUGGUGGAACAGUAGCACAAGUGGCCUACCUUGUUCAGUGCAAUGUGCUGGGGCCUCUGCUCAACCUACUGUCUUCCAAAGACAGCAGGAUCCUCUUGGUCAUCCUGGAUGCAGUCACCAAUAUUUUACAGGUCGCCUACAAAGCUGGCGAGACUGAGAAACUAUGCCUGAUGAUUGAGGAGUUGGGUGGUCUGGACAAGAUCGAGGCAUUGCAGUCCCAUGACAAUGAAGCUGUCUAUAAGUCCUCUCUCAACAUUAUAGACAGAUUUUUCUCUGAAGAGAAUGAUGAUGAUGAGUCUGUGGUUCCUGAGGCUACAGAAGACUGCUAUACCUUCCAGAUCCCCAAAGACCAAAGCACUUUCCAGUUUUAACACAUCCAAUUUGCUCUUUGGAACAUAUAUGAAAAAGAAAAUUCUUACCUUGUUUAUAUUUUUUAUAUUUUUAGACAUUUCAUUGUACAUAAUAGUACAAAGACAAAAUAUCCCCGUUUUGGAAAAAGAAAUGUAAAUAAAUUUUAUUAAUUUG